GUGCUCGGCGACUGGAAGGAGAAGGCCCCUCAGGCCUCAAGUGCCCCCGCCUUGGACGAAUCCGAGACGCAGGCACUCAUCGGCAAGCUACAGAGGUUCAUGAGUAAUCUUUCGGAUAAGGACAAGGAUAAGAACACGAACAAACCAACUCGAUGCGCCAACAUGUAUCACUGCCAGGCGUUGGAAGCGUCGCUCCAUGCCAUCGCGGGCCUCGAACUCUCAAGAUUCAUGCCGAGGAGGCGAGCCGAGCGUCUGCAGAGCACGCAGCGGCGGUACUUCGUGUCCGAAGGCUCCUUGGGCGUUGCCCUGCGCCCGGGAAGCACUGCUGACAGUCGGCGCUCUUGCAUAGAAGACCGGGCUACUGGACAAAGGUGGAUUGAGGUCCCGCUCGACGUCGACAGCACCGGUUGCGUGGUGUAUCCCUGCCUGUUCUCUUGCAUCGACCAGGGAAGCGUUGGGUGGCCAACCCACACGUGGUUGUACUGGGGCCAGGGUCUGCGCGGCGACGUUAUUUUCGACGCGAGCCAUCGGGCCAUGAGAGAUACCGGCGAUGCUUUGACCAGUACCGGGUGUUGGUUCAUCUCAAGCUGA